AUGCUUUCAAAUGGCUUUCCCUCACCAUAUUUUGUAGGGAAUUUCAACCAACCUGGAGUGUUUCACGAUUAUUACCCUUUGUUAUUUGAGAAGUCUGUUGUUCGUACGGUGCAUCACUCUUUGAAAACCUUGGAAGAUUUCCACAUCAGAAAUUUUGUAAGGACAUUUAUGCUUUCGAAUGGCUUUCCCUCACCAUAUUUUGUAGAAAUUUUCGGCCAACCUUCGCGUUCUACGCUCAUUACCCUCAGAAUGUCAGGGAUCCACGUAGAUUUUGAACCAGAGGCCGCCUGGAAGCGUGCAUUACAGAGCCAGAUCAAAGACAACCUCAAAAAAAUGUUAGAAGAUGCUCGGACGUCUUACGAGUUUCAGAUCGCCAACGUACAACGGACGUGCGAGGAAAAACGAUCCGAACUCAUGGCGGAGUACUUCAGCUAUGUAGAAUUUCUUCAGGCCAGCGCUGGGGCGGAGUACGAAGAUGCAAUUAAGAGGGAGCGAGGGGGGAGAGAAAGGGUUGUCCAAUGUGGGGUAAUGCCGGAAGAAUGGUCUUCUGCUCUUCAAGAACAGAAGGACAUCUUGGAGGCCAUCGAGAGGAAGAAGGGCACACCCUUUGGAGUCGGAAGACCAUCGCGCGAGACCACCAUACCUGACGAAGUCGAACGUUCGACCACGUCCAUACCAUCCACCCAGCCAACAUCCCAUAACGCCGCGUCCUCUACGUGGACAGAUACUGGGAUCCUCGAUGGUCAGCCCCUCCAAAUGCCAGAAGAAGCGGCUGCGCGGGAACGUCGAGAAGAACACGAGCGGCAGCAGGAAGAGUUCCGGAAAUGUGCAGAUGGCCCUUUGUCCGACGAAGACGCCAUCAAACUCCUUCUCUUCCACGACCAACAGUGGUCCUACGUCGCCGAAUACACAUCUCUUCGUUGGUACGACAUCCCUUGGCCCGUCUUGAGGGUUGCUGUCAGAAGCCCAGACGAUCUCACCCUCGACGCGGUUUCAGCUUAUAUCAUGUUGGGGUUUGAUCUGCGGAGGGAUAAAGCGAGGUUGAAGCAGAGACUGAGGGAGCAUAUCAAGAAGUGGCAUCCUGACCGGUUCGAAGGGCGAUAUUUGAAGAAGGUUCCUGACGGGUGGGAGAGGGAGAGAGUGGGGCGUGGAGCUGCAAUGGUGGCGAGGAUUUUGAUUGAUUUAUUGAGAGAAAUUGUUUGA